AUGAAUCAUCCUUCCCAUCCGUCACACAGUUCGGACACUGUCCCGUUCGGCCACCACUUGCUCCGUUCUCUGGCUCAUAGCCUGAAAGGAUGCCACUUCCUUGAUGAGGAUCAGCUAAAGACGGACUUCCAGUCAUUCUUAGAUCGCAAAUCUCCGGACUUCCCGAUCCGGGCUACGGUUUUCGAGGUCAUCUUCAGCAGCUGGAAUGCAAAGUGUGUUCCUAUUAACGUGGACGGAUUAGAGUACGAAGCGUUCGAACUAUUGGUGUCAAUGGAGUUUGCUACAGAGCUAAUUCGUCAAGCAAAUGCUUCUCCGGGCGUUGCUUGUGCGCUCACAGAUCCACGAUGUUAUGAGUCCAAAGUCCCCAAUGAUAGGCAUGCCAUACUGUUCACAUUCAUUAUCUGUUGA